AUGCCGCUGUGGAAGUACUUCAUCAACACCAAGCCUGAGGUGGACGACAGCGAUCUGCCGCUGCCAAAGUACCGGGUGUACGACGACGACGGCAAUGUGAAGCCGGACGAGUCCACUACACCCCGCGUGACGGUUAACAUCUCGAAGGGAAAAACAUCGGCAAAGAAGUCAACGCCCAUGUCGCCCAAAACACGUGCGAGGAUUUUGAGAAGUGUCGGGGCAACUCCCACCGCCCCGCGUAAACCCAACACGACCUCCAAUACCACUAUGGACACGAAUACCAAUGCGAAGAAUCUUGCGGGGUCUCCGGUGCCAGUCACCCCACCGCGUGCCUCCAGCAGUUCAUCACAGCGGUCACCCACACCACCACGCAGUGAGAGUCGGAAGACAAACGGCAGCUCUCCUGUAAAGUCCACUCCAAAGCGAACGGCGUCUCCCAAGCAAAAGGCGUCCGCACCGCAGCAGUCCUCACCUAAAAAGGAAGUAACACCGCAAAAGUCUUCACCCAAGAAGGGGUCAACACCUCAAAACUCCUCACCUAAGAAAAGUGUCACGCCAACGCGAUCGAGGCGCUCUACCUCAAAGCGGUCAGUCUCACCGCGCCGAAACAAUGUAUCACCAUCUCGUUCUCGUUCUGCUAGUCCGGCCACUAGCAGUGUUUCACCCGCGCGGUCACCAAAGCGACAGAGUGUGACAAAAUCUGUAUCACCAUCGAAACGUGGACUUUCGCGGUCGCCUACCAGCCGCAAGCCGGCGAGUCCGUCAAAGUCGACACCAAAGAAAACGACAUCUGUGACACCACGUAAAUCGCAGUCGAAGCGUGCGCGCUCUUCAUCUGCGGUGCCUGAAGGAAAACCAUCACCACGGUGGACCGUCAACGCACUCAAGGCGUAUGCUAAGGAAAAUGGCGUUAAUGUUUCCCAUGAGAAGACAAAGGCAGAGAUUCUGGCCAAGAUUGAGGCCCACAAGUCACACUAA